AUGUGUCCACACGUUCUCUUCGUCCAUGUGCAUUUAUUGGCGGCGCUCUCGAAGACUCAUGAACACGCACCGGCCAGCGUCGUGUACUUGCUUGCACAACUGGCAGCGCCGGUUGCAGAAGUGGGCCGAGUGGGAAAGACCUCCACAGGCCGCGCAAGGACCGUACUGGCGUUGUCGAUUGUCGUGACCGCCUCGGCUCUGGUACCGGUUGUCCCGACUGGGUUUCCGGCCACUCUGAUCGCCUCCCGCGUCGGGGAGCCGUUCGUGGUCUCGCAGCACUACGCCUCGGCCAACCUGACCCCGGAAGCUCGCGACGUGUGCUCUGGGGUCUUCAAUACGCUCUCGCACGAGGCGGUCACGACAAUCGACAACGCCAGUACGGUUCCUUGCGCGGCCUGUGGCGGUCUUUCCCACUCGGCCUACUUCUGCAACCGGCGCUGCCAGUUGUGCAAGCAAGUACACGACGCUGGCCGGUGCGUGUUCAUGAGUCUUCGAGAGCGCCGCCAAUAG